AUGGCCUCGGCUCAAAUAGAGUCUUCUCCUCUGCAACCGCGUAAAGCCAACGGUCUCGACGAGAAUGUGCAGAAACCCAAGCUUGAGGAGUAUCGAGCCAAAUCGGAAGAAGACAUGCAUGACCGUUACGUGGAGUCAGGAAGCCCAGAGGAAUUCUUGAAUGUUCUCCUACCCUUUCACCCCCGGACGAACAUGCGUCCUCGGCACCGCACCAAUCCCUUCGAGAGUAUGGAGGACGCGGAUUCGUGGACCGAAGCUACGGUGGUAGACGAGUUUGUCAAAGUCCUGAAUAACCACAAACUCUGCCCAAAAUUGGCUUUCCGUCGCUCUGAGUCUCGACCUCACUCCAAGGUUACGGAUAGUACAGCGCAGCGGAUCGACUGUGGUUUCUUUCGCCCUAGUGAAGCUCCAAAUGAUGGUCGCCCACAUUGGGAGCUCCAACUCGUGCCUGUGGAGUUCAAGAAUCGCAAAGAUGGCGACAAGUAUGACCCAUUUGUCGAUGAAGACAUUGAACACCUCGAUACCGUAUUGGAGUCACAGGCGAAGUCGCGCAAGGCAGAAAACGUCACGGACUUGUACAGGUACUUGGGGUACUUGGCCAAGUACCUCAAGUAUCCCAAGUACCUCAAGUACCCCAAGUCCAAUGGACUUGGCCAAGUCGGGUGGGUCGACUUGGCCAAGUACCAGGUACUUGGCCAAGUCCUCCAAGUCCCUGUUCAAGUUCAUGCCCAAGUUCACUGUGAGAUGUAUUGA